AUGGCCUCCUUCUAUCCUCCACCCAACCUUUUCCCUAGCUUCUCCUCCUCCCCUUCCUUCUCCUUUCCCUUCCAUUCCUCCAUUCCCUCUCUUUUCCUCCUCCCCAAGCGCCAUGGUGGAACCCUUAAGGUCUGCUUCCACUCCCAAGUGGAGGCCCUCUUCCCACCCCGCCGCCUCGUUCUAUGCCAUUGGAGACCCAUUGACACUCAGACCCUGAUCGUCACUGCUACCGUCCUCGCCGCCGUCACCUUCUCCCUUUUCCUUGGAAUCAAGGGAGAUCCUGUGCCUUGCGAGAGAUGCGUCAGGAAUGGUGGUACCAAGUGUGUUUUCUGUAAUGAUGGUAAGAUGAAGCAAGAGACAAGCCUAGUUGAUUAUCGGGUAUGCAAGGGUGCAGGUAUCCCUCUCUAUAGAAAGUGUGCGGGCUCUGGGUAUUCAAAACGUUUGUGA